GUCGGCCGUUCUGCCCCUCCCCUCAGGUCCGGCCGCCAUUGCGCAGUAGAACAGCACCGACUGUCACUAUGGCGGCCCCUGAGUGGCCGGAGGUUGGGCUGGCGCUGGCGGAGGGUCGGCGGGAGCUGGUGGUGCGGAGUCGCCGUCAAGAGGGAGACGAGACGGACCCGCGGCUAUACGAGCUGGCGCAGCUUCAGCACUUGGAGCUGAGCGGCCUGCAGGCGCUGCGGGGCCUGGACGCCAGGCUGGGCGGUCUGCGGGCCCUGCGAAGCCUGGUGCUGAGCGGCGACGGUCUACGGGAGCUGCCGUCCGAGCUCGGCCUCCUGGGCGGCCUGAAGCUGCUCGACGUCUCCGACAACCAGCUGAGCGCGCUGCCCGCCUCCCUGGGCGACCUGGCCGAGCUCGGUAGCCUGCUGGCCCGCGGCAACCGGCUGACCGGCCUGCCUGCCCAGCUCGGACGCUGCGGCCGUCUCGCCCACCUCGAUGUCUCGGACAACCUGCUGGCCGAACUGCCGGCCGCGCUGCUGGAGCCUGGCCUCCUCCCGCUCCUCGGCUGCCUCAGCGCUGCCCGCAACCGCAUCGAGAGGCUGGACCCCGCUGUCUGUCAGCUGCGGGGGCUGCGGACACUGGAUCUUUCGGACAACAACCUCUCGGAGAUCCCCUGUGAGCUCGCCGACUGUCCCAAGCUGAAAGAAAUCAACUUCAAGGGAAACCAAUUAAAAGACAAACGACUGGAGAAAAUGGUGAAUGGUUGCCAGACCAAAUCAGUCUUGGACUAUUUGAAGGCAGGAGGCCGUGGAAAGGGGAGAGGGAAAGCUGAUGGCAGUGAGAAAGAGAAAGCGAGGAAGAAGAAAACGGUGAGGAGAGAUGAUGCCGAGGAGUCCGAUGGGAUGGAGGAGCUGAACAACCUGGUGUUACGAGUGCUGCACGUUUCGGAAAGUCCUUGCACCGUGUCAGUGAAAGUCAGUCCCAGUGUCAAGGACGUGAGGCCUUACAUUGUGUGUUGCAUCGUGGAAGGCAUGCAGUUGAGACAAGGAAAUGCACUGAAACGAUUCCUUGUGGCUCAGACCAAAUUGCACGAUGAUGUCUGUCUGAAAAGAACCUUGGCAACUAUCGCUACUCAUGACUUGCAGCGGGUGAAGGGACCGCUGUUGUAUGAUGCCAGACCCUCUCAAUCUCUGAAGAUUGCCCCGCUCGGAAGCAAGGAAAUUAAGGCGGUGGACCUGUUACGACAAUUACAGGUGGAAGCUGACGAGCAACGAAAACAGAAGAAGCGGCAAAAUGUUUCUGGCCUUCACAAAUAUCUGCAGUUACUAAACGGGAAAGAGAAUUUUCCCUGCUUAGUCGAUGCGGAAGAUUGUGUGAUUUCUUUCCCACCGAUCACCAACAGCGAUAACACUAAGAUUAGAAAGUCUACAAGACAACUGUUCCUGGAAGUAACCAGUUCAACCAGUCUACAGGCCUGCAAAGAGGUGAUGGACAGUUUGAUUAUGCGAAUGGCCGAAUUGAACAAGUUCACCUUCGAAAGUCAGGAGAAGGAGUCUGUAUCCGAUGACGAGGCUGAAGUGGCUAACGACGGCUCUGCAGCCCUGGAUCGCAUAGCUGAGCAGAACUUGGCCAAGGCUGCCACUCCGGAACUGACAGUCAAGCAGGUGCGGGUGCUCGACAUGGACGGAAACCUGAAGGUGGUUUACCCAGCCAAGACGGACUUAAACUUCAGUGUUAAUUGUGUCACCGUUAUCCGAUAACCCCUACCUGGAAGAGGUGUUGAAUAGUACCUCAUCUGGCCCCUACAGUGGGCUCAAAGUAUCCCUGUUACAGAAGAGCAAGUGAUCUGACCACAUCUGAGAAAAUCUGCAGAUACUGGAAAUCCAAGUAACACACACAAGAUGCUGGAGGAACUCAGCAGCCCAGGCAGCAUCUAUGGAGAAGAGUACAGUCGACGUCUCGGGCCAGGACCCUUCAGCAGAACUCAAAACGUCGACUGUACUUUUUUUCAUAGAUGCUACCUGGCCUGCUGUGUUCCUUCAGCAUUUUGUAUGUGUUGUGUAUGAUCUGACCAAUAUUUGAUCCUCAAUUAACAUUUCUAAAAGGACAAAUAAUUUGCUCAUUUUGGUGUUUCUCUCCCCAUUCUUUAGCCCUUCACUUCUACAGGCGCAUAGGCCGCCAACAGCAGCUCACCAGAGUCCUCAGUCCUGGGCCGACAGAAAGCUGAUCGGCCCCGUGGCUUCCACUUUCCCCACACGACUUCAUACGUCUUCUAGACAAAGAUCCUUGCUCUCCCAGGGAUGAGGUCUUUGGAGCUUCUGUUGAAGUUUCUGUAGCUCUUUAUGGAACGGGGUUGCUAGCCCCAUGCCAAACCGCCCCUCUCCUUUCACAGCCGGGCUUGGGACCAUCAUGGCAGAGUAUAUGGUGUCAGUGCUGGCAUGCAGCUGUGUUUAUAUAGCAGAAAUAUCUACUUGUGUAAAGUGCUUUGUGAUGGAAAGAGCAUUGAAGAAUAUGACUUUAUUUUCUUCGUAGUGGGAAGCAAGUGGAUGUUGACCUUUCCACUAAAGUCUAUGUCCCAUCAAAGAAACCGGAGAAAACUUGAAAGGAAGCUUGCACUAAUCAUAAUUUUUCCAUCUGUUGUUAUCACCUGCCUUCUUCUCACAAAGAGACAGGUAUUGGCUGGAGUAGUUUGAGGACCUGUGUGGUACUUUGCCUCAGUAACCAGUAUUCGUCCAACGCCAUGGGUGCAACAAGACGACACCUCAGAGGCACUGACUGAGCACCCUGCUCUCCAAAAGGUGUGCACGUCAGAGGGGCAGCUGGUCAGUGCCCACAGAUAUACAAGGAAGGAAGAAGGGAAUAAUGAUUAAUACACUGUCAAAACAGAUAGACUGUAAAUAUUAAAUGAACAGUGGAGCCUUAAUCUGUUAAUCCAAGCAAAGUAUUUUGAAGACAAUAUUGUUCCAAUUUGGCCUCCAUUUUGUGAAGCAGUGUUAUUGUUUGAAACCACAACCUGUAAGUUGAACUGUGCCCGUAGUCUGAAAUAUCGAUAUUUGAGGGAGCAGUGGAGAGGUUGAUUUUAGGGGAGAGAGCGAACUCUAGAAAGGUGAGCUACAUGUGUGUGGUUAGAUUAGGGCAGCUGUGUAAAAGUAAACGUAUUAUGGUUUGCUGUCUUGUAGAAAGGCAUCAUUCACUAAUGGCUGAAAUAAAACUGACAUCACUGGUGAAUUGUCUUGAGCAGUCCGUACAAUUAGUUACCAAACUGAAAAAAGAUGUGGCCCCUGAACAUCUGAAAUGAAAAUACAAAAUGUUGGAAAUACCUGCAGGUCAGGUAGCAUCUGCAGGAAAAGAAAGUUAAUAUUUCAGGUCCACAUAACUGUUUGACCAUAAAACAUAGGAUUACAUUACAGGAAACAGGCCAUUCAGCUCAUCGUCUGCUCCACCAUUCCAUCACGGCUGAUUUAUUACCCCUCAACCCCAUUUUCCUGCCUUCUCCCUGUAACCUUUGUGCUGACUAAUCAAGAACCUAUCAGCUCUGCUUUAAAUAUACCAAUGACUUGGGCUCCACAGCUGUCUGUGGCAAUGAAUUCCACACAUUCACCACACUAGCUAAAGAAAUUUGUCCUCAUCUCUGUUCUAAAUGGAUGUCCCUCUUUUCUGAAGCUGUGCCCUCUGGUCCUAGACACUCCCACUGUAGAAAAUAUCCUCUCCACAUCCACUGUAUCGAGGCCUUCCAAUAUUCAAUAGCUAUCAAUGAAAUCUCCCCCCCCCCCAUUCUUCUAAACUCCAGUGAGUACAGUCCCAGAAUCAUCAAACGCUCCCCAUACAUUAAACCUUUCUUUCUCUGCAUUUCCAUACUUUUGUGUUAUCUCAGCAUUGCCAUUUACUGAGCACAUGAAAGCAAAUAACAGUAGGUUGUGUGGGCCACCGUUUUCCCAACCCGAUCUCCCACGGCGUACAAUUCCUUUCAAAUCCAAAAUCCUGGUAAUUUUUGACCUCACAUUCACACAGGCUAGGGGAUGAGUCUCUGUUGCUUUCACUGGUGUCUGUGAGCUUUGUGUGUGGGUGUAUUGGGGAGAGGAGCUGCUGGUCGUGGAGGUUGGAAUCGAUGAACCUGACUACUUGACCAGAGAUUCUGGCUUUUCAAUGCCUCUUUCAGAAUCAGUAUUAUCGCUGAUAUAUGUCAUGAAAUUUGUGUUGUGGCAGCAGUCCGGUGCAUAAAACUCACUAAAUUAGAAUAAGAAGUGUGUAUACAAAAAAAUUAAAAGUUGUGCAAAAAGAGUACAAGAUACUGAGGUACAUUCAGAAAUUUGAUGUUGGAGGGGAAGAAGCUGUUUCUAAAAUGUGUCUUCAGGCUCCUGUUCCUCCUCCCUGAUGGUAGCAUCGAGAAGAGGGCAUGUCCUGGGUGGUAGGGGAUCCUUAAUGAAUAAUGCUGCCUUUUUGAGACAUUGCCUUUACAAGAUGUCCCAGACGCUGGGAAAGCUAGUGCCUGUGGAGCUAGCUGAGUUUACAACUUCCUACAGCUUUUCCCAUCCUGUGCAGUGGCUCCUCGAUACUACUCGAAACAAGCUGUGAAUUCCGCGUGAGUACACUGUGCCUCAUUUAACAUUCCACUGUCCCUCCAGCCAUUAAAUCUCCACAAAUCAUUACAGGUAUAAUACUGUUAAUUCAGGUGUUCCAGAUAUAUUGCAAUGUAUGAAAUUCUAAAUCUGGGGUAAUUUUUAAGCUGAAAAGAAUUAGAUUAUAAGACAUGGGGGCAAAAUUGGGCCAUUCAGCCCAUCAAGCCUGCUCCACCAUUCUAUCAUGGCUAUUAUCCCUCUCACCUCAUUCUCUUGGCUUCUUCCUGUAACCUUUGAAACCCUGACUGUUCAAGAACCUAGCAGCCUUCACUAAGUAUACUCGAUGACUUGGCCUCCACAGCCGUCUGUGGCAAUGAAUUCUACAGAUUCACCACCCCUUGAGUAAAGAAAUUCCUUCUCAUUUCUGUUCUAAAGAGGCAUCCUUCUAUUUUGAGGCUGUGGCCUCUAGUCCUAGAGUCCCCAACUGUAGGAAAUAGCCUCUUUAUCUAGGCCUUUCAAUAUUCAAUAGCUUUCAAUGAGAUCCCUCCUCAUUCUUCUGAACUCCAGUAGUACAGGCCAUGAAAGACAAUAGACAAUAGGUGCAGGAGUAGGCCAUUCAGCCCUUCGAGCCAGCACCGCCAGUCACUGUGAUCAUGGCUGAUUAUCCACAAUCAGUACCCUUUUCCUGCCUUCUCCCCAUAUCUCUUGACUCUGCUAUCUUUAAGAGCUCUAUCUAACUCUUUUUUGAAAGAAUCCAGAGAACUGGCCUCCACUGCCUUCUCAGGCAGAGCAUUCCACAGAACCACAACCCUCUGUGUGAAAAAGUUUUUCCUCAACUCCGUUCUAAAUUUCUACCCCUUAUUCUUAAACUGUGGCCUCUGGUUCUGGACUCCCCCAACAUCAGGAACAUGUUUCCUGCCUCUAGUGUGUCCAAUCCCUUAAUAAUCUUUUAUGUUUUAAUCAGAUCCCCUCUCAUCCAGUCAAGCCUAGUCACUCCAAUCUUUCAACAUAUGACAGUCCCGUCAUUCCAGGAAUUAACCUUGUUAACCUACGCUGUACUCCCUCAAUAGCUAGAAUAUCCUUCCUCAAAUUUGGAGACCAAAACUGUGCACAAUACUCCAGGUGUGGUCUCACCAGGGCCCUGUACAACUGCAGAAAGGACCUCUUUGCUCCUAUACUCAACUCCCCUUGUUACAUGAUAUGAGUUAUAUAUGUUAUGAGUCACAGUUAUGAUAUCAGAAGAGAGGAGUCUAAAACUAGAGGGUGUUGGUGAAAGAGGAAAGAUUUAAAGGGGGAACUUUUCACACAAAGGGUGGUGGGUAUAUGGAAUGAACUGCCAGAGAAAGUGGUAGAAGUGGGUACAAUUACAAUGUUUAAAUGGCGUUUGGACAGGUACACGGCUAGGAUAAGAAAGGCUUACAGUCGAUGUUUGGGGCCGAGACCCUUCAUCAGCACAGGUCAGUGCAGCGACACCUUGAUGCAAUCAUGAAGAGAGCACUCAGCUGCUCGGCUUUGUUAGGAGUUUGAAGAGAUCUGGUAUGUCAGCAAAUUCCUACUGGUAACGUGAAGAGCACUCUGACCGGCUGUACUACCGUCUGAUAUGGAGGCACCAAUCCAGAAGAUCACAAGAUCGGAUCCACAAGAUCACAAGGUCCUGUGUCCUGACGAAGGGUCUCGGCCCGAAACGUCAACUGUACCUCUUCCUGGAGAUGUUGCCUGGCCUGCUGUGUUCAGCAACUUUUUUGUGUGUUGCUUGAAAUUCCAGCAUCUGCAGAUAUCCUCGUGUUUGCAUAAGAGAGGCUUGAAAGGACACAGGUCAAACACAGGCAAGUAGGAUUUGUGUCGAUAGUUAUCAUGUUUGGCAUAAACAAAGACUCAAAAAUGACCUCUUCCCCCUCCACUGUGAUAUCCAAACAUUACCUCACUAUUCCCCUUCCACUCAUUUAUUUAUUACAGUAACUUGUAUUUUUUUUGUCUUUCACUGUACUGCUACCACUUUCAUUCCCUCCAUUAUUCUCAUGAAUCUCCUCUGGACCCUCUCAAUGCCAGCACAUCCGUUCUUAGUUAUAGGGCCCAAAACUUCUCUCGCUACUCCAACUGUGAUUUGUCCAAUAUAACUGGAGGUUGGCACAGUUACACACAUAAAUGCACCACACUAUUUAAUGGACCUUUUAUCGCAUGCUUGAAAUACCUAGCCGUACAUGUGCUGCUGGCUUUGAGCUGUUCAGGUCACCGCCUGUGACAAGAUGUGACCUGGCGGAAAGGAGAUGACUAAUCCUCACUGAGUCUGAAGGGCAUGUUUCCAUGCUGUAACUAAGAACACGCUGCUAAGGUAGGUUUCAGUCUACUGCCCUUUCUAUGGACUCAUUUGAAUGUUCGUUCCCCAUUCUGUUGUUAUGCCUAACCUGACUUCCUUUCACUUCUGUUGUUGGGCAUAAUUAAUACUAUCUGCCCUGAGAUUCAUUUUCUUCCAGGUAUUCACAGAACAAAGAAAUAUAUUAGAAUCAAGGAAAAACUGCGCUAAAGACUGGCAAAUAAUGUGCAAAAGAAGACACUAUGCAAAUACUAUAAAAUAAAUAAAAAUAAUAGUGAAUAAGUAAAUAACUAUCACUGAGAGCAUGAGUUGUAGAAUCCUUGAGAGUGAGUCUGUAGCUCGUAGAAUCAAUUCAUUGUUGAGGUGAGUGAAGUUAUCCACUUCACUUUUUGCUGUUUGCACAAUUUGUUCUUUUUUUCACAUGUUGGGUGUUUGAUGUUUUCUUUUAACGGGUUCCAUGGUGUUUCUUUGUUUUCUGGCUGCCUGUGGGAGGACAAAUCUCAGAGUGGUAUUCUGCAUACAUACUUUGAUAAUAAGUGUACUUUGAAACUUUGGUUCAAGAGCCUGAUGGUUAUGGGGUAAUAACUAUUCCUGAACCUGGUGGUGUGAGUCCUGAGUCUCCUGUACCUCCUUCCUGAUGCCAGUAAUGAGAAGAGAACAUGACCUGGGUGGUCACACAAACAACAGGAAUUCUGCAGAUGCCGGAAAUUCAAGCAACACACAUCAAAGUUGCUGGU